AUCAGCUGAUAUAGAAUUAGAACUAGCGUAGACCUACGAUACGGUGUAUUGGAAUUUUACCAAAAAAUAACGGACAAUUACUUGGACUUUGCUUGCAGAAUUCAAAACCAUACGAAGUUAAUCGAAUUUGCAGAAAUUAUUGGAUUGUUGAUGAUAUCUUCUUACCCGAUGAGCUAAUUGAAAGAUGGACUCAAGGAAAUAAUCCAGGCAGUGGUAGUGUUCAGGCUGAAUCUCGCGCCGCAGUAUUUCGUGCCGCCGGAUUGGAUACUUACGUCACGGUACAUCUGCCGGGUCAGACUGGCGGAGGUUAGCCUCGAGUUUCCGCUGAGCACAUACGUAGCGCACUCGGGCCCAGCGUUCCCGUGUUUACUACUGCAUGUGUGUGCGACAUGAGCUUGAACGGCUCGAGCUCGAGCUCCGUAGAGCCCAACACCACAUCGAGCAGUGCGAGUGCGAGUUUGUCAUCCGGGGGAACUUUGUCAAGUAUGGAGACUAUUCCAACGCAGGAGGUUGCUGAAGGAGAUUUUGAUUUUGUGGAGGAGAAGGUGGUUGUUUGGGGUCGUCUGUAUCCUAUUGGGAAAUGUUUUAAGAGCGUUGAUUUCUUGGAUACAAAGGAAGAAUACCUAUUUGGAAGGGAUCCAUCAUGCGACAUUUGUUACAACAGCCCCGAGAUAAGCAGAAAUCCCUGUUACCAGACACUUAGUAAAACACAUUUUAGGAUAUUUAAGGAAUCAAAUGAUAAUUGCAGUUUCUACUUUAUUGAAGAUAGGAGCUCAAAUGGCACCUUUGUGAAUGGAGAAAAGAUUGGUAAAGGGAAGAAGAGAGUUCUAAACAACAAUGAUGAGAUUGCUCUUUCAUUAUCCAAAAACAAAGCAUAUGUUUUCAUGGAUACAUCGGAUUCUGAUCAAAGUAAUCUUCCUUCAGCACUUAGAGAAAAGUUCAUCAUGUCAAAAGUAUUAGGCAGGGGGGCCUGUGGGCAAGUGAAGCUAGCAUUUGAGAAAGGAACAUGUCGGAAGGUUGCAGUCAAGAUCAUAGAAAAGAAGACAUUCUCAAUAGGAGGGACCAUGGUCCGGAACAUGGAGAAGACAGUGAUGGAAGAAGUCAGGAUACUAAAAAAGCUUCACCAUCCAUGUAUUAUAGGUAUAGAAGAUGUUUUCGACACACCAGAAGUCCUGUAUAUUGUACUAGAAUUGGUUGAGGGUGGAGAACUAUUUGACAGAGUUGUGAGCAUUGGGAAGUUUGAUGAAGCUACUGCUAAAUUCUACUUUUAUCAAAUGAUUACAGCUUGCAAGUAUCUACAUGACAAUGGAAUCACACACAGGGAUUUGAAGCCAGAAAACCUGCUCCUCAUGACCGACGACAAGGAAACCGUCCUUAAAGUCACCGACUUUGGUCUCUCCAAGUUUGUCGGAGAGCAAUCCCUGAUGAAGACCCUAUGUGGCACACCUACCUACCUCGCCCCAGAGAUCCUGACCAGUAUGGGUAUGGGUGGCUACACAAAAGCCGUCGAUUGCUGGAGUAUAGGGGUCAUCCUCUACAUCUGCCUUGCAGGGUACCCUCCGUUCUCGGAUGAAAUCAAGGUGAUGACCUUGGAGCAGCAGAUUAAGAGAGGUUACUACAGCUUCCCAACAAAGUACUGGGGAUCAGUAUCAGAGUCAGCAAUCGAUAUGGUCAAGAAACUUUUGACUGUUGAUCCAAAGCGGAGACUGACUACCAAGCAGGCCUUGGCGCACCCAUGGCUUCAGGAUCCAGAGGUCAUUGACAAGGCCGAGAAGGUCAUGUACCCCAACAGGAACGGACAGAUGCUUCCUCCUACUGCUCCGGUUCCUGGAACCAAGAAGCGCCCAAGAGAGUCAGCAAUGAGCACAGACGAUGAGCAUAAUGAUGACUCUGGGUUCGGUAGUACGACCUCUAGGAAGAUGUCAAGGAGUGAUGACAGUGGGGACAGUGCCUUUGACAAGACAGAAGACGUGUCAAAGGUCGUCACGAAAGGAAGUGGAGAUGCAUAACGUCACUGCUUAUGUGUAAUAAGAAUCAUGACAUGCCUUCCUCAUAUGGACAGAUACUCAUUCAGUGCAUGUAUUGGCCAUCAUCAUAGAUUGUGGCAAGUGUAGAAGAUAGAGUGUAUGCUUUAGAUGACUGCAUCCUCUCCUUUGGUCGAACAGCUCCCAUGUUACCUGUUGUAAUAGUGAUGAUCACCACAAAUUUCUUCAUCGCAAUGUUCCAUAACAUAAGUAUGAGUCAUUUCGAUCCAUGUUUUUUAGCGGUAAACUGACCAGCAUAUUUUCCAUUCUGAACAUCCCAUUAUUGUGUAGAGAAGCCAUUGUUGCAAAGAAAAAGUCAUGAUAUCCGCAUGCAUCGGGGCCAACAGACAUGACAUUAAUGUGUCUUAUAAAUUGGCAUGAAAACAAGCAGCCUUUUCGCCUUGAGUACAGAGAAGUGGCAGACUUUUUAUGGCCAGUUAUUUGUUGAACUCUUGAGGUAUUCCCUUUUUCUUUCAUUGAAAUUGAUUUUAUUUGUAGUAAUCCUUUACUGAAAAAGGUUCUGUAUGUAACCUCUGUUUUGUCCUAUCAGUAUUAUAUCUUAUCAAAAACAUUUGGGAACUUCAGUAAUGUAAACUGCUUCUUUAUUUUUAUGGGGCUUGUUUCAUACGCUAUUUGUAAAGAUAUGGAUGAUCCUUUGAUCAAUUUUGGAAUAUGGCAAGCCAAGUUCACUUUGCAUCAUUUUCAAUCACACAAGCUUAAGUUGAAAUAAACAGAUGAUGAUUCACUUUCCAACAGUUACCAAACAUUUUAUGCUCGAAGAAGAUCAUUUUCUGCGAUUUCAAAUGAAGCUAUUUCCAAUACAUUUUAUGAAUUGUAUAUAUAGAGAAACUCUUAGCUAACCUUUAGUGAGGGCCUUAUUGCAGUCAUUAGUAUAAUAGUCAUUCGUAAUUUUACAAAUAUCUUUGAAAAAUACCCGCUUUCCUUGUUGAUAUACUGCUUUGGACCUAUUUCUUGGUAGUUGAAAAAGAAAAAUCAUGUUCAGUGGCAAGCUGUAAUGAAAUGAUAGUUACCAAAGUAAUGGGGCUUCUGCACAAAUUAAACCCAGUAUUUUAGUUCGUGUCACUGAAGAACAACUUUCCAUUGAUGGGGAAUUCUAUAAGAGCUUGUCUGGAGCAGAGUUUGUUUCCUCUGAAAUAAUGUAAAUACAUUUCCUUCUUCAAACCAAAAGUAUUAUACUUCUCUUUUUAUACUUCUUAGGUAAUAUCAUUCCCUAUUUUGGAUUAGUGUAGUUAUCUGGUAUAUUACUACAGAAUGGAACUAUUAUGCCAAAGUUCAUUGUUGCUUCAAUAUAGAUAUUAUCUGUAAUGAAGAAGAACAACUUUGAUUACCCCAUCCUUUCACAUGAAGUAGGUACUCUGCACACUUUUCAUUGAGGUGUACUACAAAGCACCAAUUUGUUAGUACUACUCCUGGGUGCUUGUAAUGUCAAUCAUGUCUCUGUGAUUUUUAGUAAACUGCUAGAACAAGAAAAAGGCUGUUUUGCAUCGCACUGUUUUGAAGUUUCUAGUAGGCAAUCAGUUAAUCUGUUGACUACUGGAUUGUGUAAUUCAUCUGCUCCUUUCUUCCAUUAGAGUACAUCCCUCUUGUAGAGUAUUAUCGUACUUGUGGUGAAAAGGUGUAUUCGCAGGAACACUUCUAAAGGAAGUACAGUGAUGUACUGUACAACAUAGUAAAUAAGAUAUGCUGUUUAGCCAGGGUGCUAGUAAAAAUCAUCUUCUGUCACUUAAGGAAGAGUGACUGAAGAGGGGUGGUUCUUACAGACCAUGAUGGAUGGGGCCGACACUGCUGUUGAUGGGAGUGAAUUCCAGAGGCAGACUACACUUGGAAAGGAGCUGUGUUAAAGAGGAAGAUGUUCUGUAGUGCUGCUGUCUAAACUGUAGAUGAUGUCCUCUAGUCGAUCCAAAAGAUGGGUUGAAGUAAGGUGGAGCCACAGGAAUGGCUACGAGGUCAUUCAUGAUUCUGAAUAGCAUGGUGACUUUGCUACAGGCUCUGCAAUCAGAGAGGGACUGUCAUUGGAGUUUCUGGAGCGUUGCUGUAACGCUGAUCUGUUGGUCAUAAUAUCAAUAUAGUCUAAAGACUCUAUAUGCCAAUAUGACUCUGUUGCAGGCAUUGUAUUUGAUGUUCCCUCAAGGGCAGUCAGAAUUAUAUAAAUUCAUGUAUACCACAAAAUCACCCAAUAUUAGUCUUACUCUUUUUUAUUUUGGAAAUAAGCAUCCAAUCUAUUCAAGGAGGGUGACAAAAACCAUUUUGAGGUCAUCAUUAUUAACUACUUGCGUCGUUCGCAAUCAACACUAAUUCACAUUAAUUCACAUUUCAGAGUACAAUAUUCUAACAAUAUUGCUCAGAAAUUCCCAGUAGGUGGAUGGAUGCAUUGUGUAGAAAUAAUGCAAUACACCAACGUACAUGCUAACAAUGUUGAACUGGAUCAAAGAGAGGAAUUCAAAUAUAUGGUUUUAUUCUUUCGGAAACAAGGCUUCUUUGUGUAAUAUUGCUUUUUAUUUUGAUGAAAUUUGAAAUCCAUGUUCAAAUGCUUUAAUUUCAUUGAUAAUUUUCUAUGUAUACACAAGAGAACCAUUAGUGCAUCUUUGAAAAAAAUGUUAAUUGUUUAAUAUUUUGGUGAUGUAUUUGGAUUCAUCAAAUAUGAAUGGCAAAAACAAAGCUGUUGUUAACUAAACCAGUGGAGAUAUCUCGCCAAGCACCAGUGAGGAAUUAAUGGUGUUUGUUAAAACACAUUGGUGUUAUGUCCAUACUGCAUGGUGUAUUGUUAACACUUGAGGAUGCAGUUGUCUCAGAACACCAAUUUCAGUUUCUUUAAAAACUGAAGAUCAAUUGUGAUUGAUUUUGUUUUCUUCACAAGAACAUGAGAAACUAUUCACCAUUGCAGUUUGGAUAUAUGAUGUAAAAUUAUACAGUAUUUAUUUGAGAUGAAUGUUCAUACACCAAGGUGUAUUAGUUUGUCAAGAAAUAAUCUCCCCAUGCUUAUUACCUAAAGGUAAUUUAUUGUAAUUCAUUAAUAUAUAAGUAUUGUAUUGGAAUUGUACAAUUCCAAUACAAUUGUAUUGUAUUGGGAAAAAAAAUAAUUUUACA